UUUUGAAUGCAAACCGCCGAUUCCACAGUUGUUGCUCACGCUAAUGUUGUUCACGACACACACGUGGCUACACUAACCACAAACCGGACGACUGGGAGACGCUUGGCUUGGUUCGACCGCAGCGUUGAGUGAGAGAGGGGAUAGCUCUGAACAGUCAGGGUUAGACUUUCAGGGAGUGUGACGAGCAGGUCGUGAAUAAAUUAACCGGGUCACCAUCCCCCGUAUUCCUUCCCAGCAAGAUGGCAGACGUAGAGCUGGUGAAGAAGAUGUUACGGGAGGUGCUGACGGCCAAUAAGAGCGGACCCGGGGUGUCUUUGUCCCGCCUCCAGUCUGAAUACAAGGAUCUGACUGGUGAACAGAUCCCUCAUAAGCAGAUGGGUCAUGGCAACCUGGACGCUCUGCUGCACAGCAUGCCCAGCGUGGUCCGCAUGGAGCGCAACCGCUCUGGGGAGAUGGUGUAUUUCACCUCGGUCUCUGGUGAGACUGCCCACGUCGCCAAGCUGGUGGCUCGCCAGCGUACCUCGAAGAAGACUGGACGACCCCAAAUGGUCAACUGUCAGAUGAGAGUGAAGCCUGCCGCCCCUCUCGUCCUCAACGCCAAGCCCAGAACCUCCCUAAGACAGCCAGACCAUAGGGGUCGUGGUGUGGGGCGAGGAGGAGGAAGUGGAGGAGGCGGGGGUGGCCGGUCAGGGGGCCAACAUGACUUUAGACAGGGGAGGGACAUGAGGGACACCCAAUCAGAAGGGAAGACUAAUCAGAGUUCCAACCAGAACAAACCAACCCAUCAGAACACCACUACCACCAGGAAGUCCUCGGUGCCCUCAGAGAGGUCAGACAAAAGGAUGACACUUCCAUCCCGGUUCCAGAAGGAAGUGCACGCUCACCUAUCCAGGAAUACCCAAAGCAACACUCCCUCAAACCUAAACGAGAGUGCUGGCUCUGGGAUGCCCAAGCCGCAGCACUCCCCCAAGGACUACAACCCCUCUGCCGCUGGGAACUACAGCCCCCAGCAGGUGCAGGGGCGUCUCAGAGAGGUGCUGAACAAAUACAGUAAUGGCUUCUGGGUGUCUAAGUUACCCCAGCUCUACAGAGAACUGUACAAACAGGACCUGCCUAGCGAAGCGAUCAAAGAUCUGGAGCACUGGACACACGUAUGCACUGUAGAGAAACCUUGCAGCAGUAACCCAAAAGAGUUACUCCUGUACCCAGCUAAACAACCAACACUUACACAGACCCCAUCCCCUGUCCCUACCAGAGUCCUAUCCCCUACCUCCGCCCCUUUCACUCCAUCCACGGACAUCAAACCCCAGUCAAAUCACCCAGCCUCCCCCUCCACCCUCUCCCCCGACUUGAAACAGAAGCUCGGGGAGCUCCUAGUGAAAUACAGCAACGGUCUAUGGGCCCACGCCUUACCCAAACUCUACUUGGACACGUACAAGACAAAACUCCCCGAACACGUCCUGGAGAAUCUCUCGCUGCUCUCCGACUUCUGCACCAUCGAAUACCCCAUGCCGGACAACCCCAAACGGGCCAUUCUGUACAAGAGGACCAGGGAGGAGGAGAGCUGCAACAGGAGGGAGUCAGUGGAGGAGCGCAAGGCCAGAGAGGAGGUAGGGAGGAGGCUCAGUACCCAGGCUGUACCUCCUCUCCUCAUCCCCAGGGAGGAGUACCCCUCUGUGCUGGUGGUGGAAGCUACCAAUACCAACGGAGUCAUACUUCGGUACAUAGGAGAGGGCUACUCCCAGGCCCAGGAGGCUCUGGAGGAUGAGAUGAGAGAGUUCUACUGUUGCCAAGACAACAACAGUCGUACCCCUCUGACCUCUCCAACCUCGGGUCAGCUGACAGCUGUCAGGGCUGAGGAGGAGGAGGAGAUACUACGAGCACAAGUCACAGAGGUCAUGACCGACAAGGUCAAGGUUUACUAUGUGGAUCACGGGUUUUCGGAAGUCAUCAGCAAGGCCAAAGUGUUUGAGCUGCAUGAUACGUUUUUCAAGCUGCCUUUCCAGGCCACCAAGUGUAAAUUGGCUGGUCUGGAGACUUUCUGCCAGGAGCCUGCUGUUCUGAAGAAGUUUGAGUCCAUGGCUAGCGGAAAGAUCCUAUUGGCUGAGAUCCUGGAAAGAGAGCAGACCCCAUUGGUGGUUCUGUAUGACACGUCGCAGGAUGAUGAUGUCAACAUCAACGCAGCCUGUAUCAAAGCCCUGCAGGACAAGACCCUAGCCAGCCCCCUACAGGUGAACAGUGCCUAUAUGAACGUGGCGGUGAGAAGUGUGUGUUCAGACGGGACCGUAUACUGCCAGCUCCCGUCUCGAGGCCUGGCCAAACUCACGGAGAUACUGGAGAAGACCGAGGCUUACUUCCACUCACAGGUGACAUCAGAGUUCCUGGUGUCCAGACCGUUCUGUGGUAAAGGCUGUCUAGCGCGCUACAAAGGCAAAUGGUCUCGCGUGGAGAUAACCAACCUCCAUGGCAGCAGAGUCCUAGACAUCCUUUUCAUAGACUUGGGGGUCCAGGCCUCGGUGGAGGUGUUUGAACUGAGGGAAGUCCCUCCCCCUUUCCUACGCGACCUGAUUGCUAUUCCACCACAGGCAGUGAAGUGUUGUCUGGCUGACCUGGCUGUUAGUGGCGUGGGCUCUUGGACUCCAGACGCUGUUCAGUGGCUCCGAGACGCCGUGCUCAACUCUACUGACUGUAGUAUGAAGAUAGCCAAGCUGGACAACACCAAGCGCAGCGUAGUCCACGUCUACCUGUUCACCGACAAGAACUUCCACGACCCCACGAGAAGCCUCAACCGCCGAAUGGCCGCAUCUGACCUCUUCAAACACCAAGGAGACGUCUUCCUAAGCAGCCACAGCCCUUCCAAGACCUCCACCUGUAACUCCACUGCCACCCUCACAACCACAACCACAACCACUCCCAGCUCCAAUGGGACCAAGCCCCAGCUACGACGUGCCCACUCUGGCUCGGGACCCAGGCCAACGGGGGGUACAAGCACCACUCCUGGAACUCCCCCACCUCCCUCAACCACCGCCCCUAUUAAGCUACCCCCGCUGCUGGACCUCCCUCCUGCAGGUCACAACAUGGAUAUCUAUGUGUCCGUGGCCUGCCACCCGGGUCACUUCGUACUGCAACCCUGGAGAGAUAUGUACAAGCUGGUAGUUCUGAUGGGAGAGAUGAUCCUGUACUAUAAUAAAACAGAGGAGAAGCCUCUCAAAGUGGAGAAGAAUCAGAUAUACGCUGCUAAGGUGGAGAACAAUUGGCACCGUGUGCUGGUGAAGGGGGUGUUGACCAACGGCCUGGUGUCUGUCUAUGAACUGGACUACGGUAAACACGAGCUGGUCAGCGGCACCCAGCUUCGCCCACUAAUCCAGGAGUUCAGACAGCUGCCAUUCCAGGGCAUCACUGCACAACUCGCAGGAGUGAAGCCGAGGCAGUGGUCGGAGGAGGCUUCCAUCGUGUUCCGGAACCACGUAGAGAAGAAGCCGUUGGUGGCCCAGCUGGAGGCCGUACAGGAAGCGCAUCACCCCUGGGACAGGAAGUUGACCGUCUUCCUGGUCGACACCUCGCAGGAGGAGAGGGACAUCUGGGUGCAUGACAUCAUGGCUGAGUUCACAGACGAACUCACCAAAGAAGUGUAGUUGGAUAAACUGUGCACAACAGUGCAUCUAUAGUGCUGGUUAUGGCAGGAACAACUAGGUCGGUCUAUUCAAAACAAAUGUAAAAAAUAUAUAUACACAUUUGUUUUGGAUACCUAAGUGUAGUUGGAUGCUGGACUUUGCUGCGGACGUUGCUAUGAGAAACCAGAACGCUUGUUGGGGUUGCUAUGGGAGACCAUUGGGAGAUGGUGUAGAGAUAUGUCACUUAGACUUGUCAUUUUGUGUUUGAGAGUGGGGUGACACAGUGACCAGUAAAACACACUCGCAGCAGCAUGGCAUGAUAUUUUCAUCAAAAGCUCAAUAAUAUCACCCUCGUGCUGACUUACCUUCAAGCUUUGCCACACAGAGGAGUUGUCAUAGUAAACUGUUGAAUAUCUAGUCUUGAUAUGGAAUGGGUUUCCCAAAGCCUUCGUAGCUAAUAAUAUGGUACAGUACUUUGUUUCUCUGGACAAUCCAGACUCACACCACUUGUUGAAAAGCAAGGAAAACAUUGAUAUAUCUGUUUCUCUCUCUUGUCCAGGUUGUGGAAAGAAAUAGCAGUCAACAUUAGCUACAAAGGAUUUUGGAAACUCACCUAUAGGCUAGUAGCUUUCAUUAGGCUACAGUGUCUAUAUAAAGAAUUUCUACUCUGGCUAUACAAGCUAUGGAAAUGUAUAUGUGGUGCAUUAGCUGCAUUAUCGAUCAACGAUGCACAAAAAGUAUUUAACUCAACUUGUAAGAGACUGUGGUUGGUUUAAAGGCCUUUACCAAUAGCCUGGUAAAACUAGAUUGGAAGGUGACCAACAAUAGUUAGUGCGGCAUUCAGUCUGUUAUAACCAGGCUAUCUUUACCAAGGUCUGUUCAUGGGAAUCUGAUAUAAAAGGUAUGUAUGUGAUACAUUAUCUGAUACAUUAUGUGAUACAUUAUCUGAUACAUUAUCGAUCAGCAACGCACAAAAAGUAUUUAACUCCACUUGUCAGAGGCUGUUGUUAAUUGAGACACAGAGUUACAGUAUGAAGGCCUUUACUUUACCCAGGCCUGUUUAUUUGAAUCUGACGUCAUGAAGGUUUACAAAACAUAGUUUAAAGGGAUAGUUCGGCAAUUAUUUUGUCCAUAGACCGCUUUCAAGGUAAGGAAACCAAUAAGUAAAUAUGUUAAAAUCACUGAACUAUCACUUUAAGACAUUCCCUCUAGUGAAUUGAUGAUGCAAAGAAGCCAUUGUUAUUUCUUAUUUCUAUUUCCCGCUCAUGUGACUUAGCUCGGUUUUAAAAACAUUGGUUUUAAUUUAUUUAUUUUUCAUUCAUUGAUUUUGUGAUUUUGUGUCGGACAACAAGACUUUCUGCAGAUACAGUAUUCUUAGACCAGGAGUUUUGAGUGACCACGUGACCUGACCGAGGACAUUUUUGGGGGCCCUAGCUACAGUAUUAGGAUAUUACUGUACUAUAGGGCCCAAAGCUUUUUUUCUGGUCAUGUCAUCUAGGUCGGGAAAAACUCCUGGCCCUAGAUACACUGCAUGAUAUGUUGGAAAUUGUGCUGAAUUGCGUGCACAUAAUUUGAUAAUACAAUAUAUGCUAACCGGUAGUUGUGUUUACCUGACGAUACUCUCUGGUUUACCGUUGGAGUGAUGGGAUUGUUGGAGUUUUACUGAAAACAGAAUAAUUACAGCCCAGCUAGCACAUUUCGUUCCUUGGAAGUUGUGGGAACGUACAUUUUUGUUUUCCUGUUGGUUCUGGGAACGAAACCAUACGUUUUCUGACCGGUAAAACUGAAUGUUUUUUUAACGUUCUAAGAAUUUUGCCUGUAGGGUGAAAGUCCAUUUUUAGGUUGCAGGAAGGUUCUGAGAACGUUUUACUAUGGUUCACUGAAAGUUUUUUCUCUGUGGUUUUAUUAACGUUCUGAUAGUGUAAAUUAUAGAUUAUUUGAAGGUAAUUAAAUAAGUAAUAACUUACUUCAAACUUUCACUGAAUGUUUCAAUAAGACGUUUAAUACCACUGCUAGCUUAGUUUAACUGUUUUAAACUCUAAGCACAGAUAGCACACAUGGGAAGAGAAAAGUAUAUAUAUGGUUACACGGCGUCAGUGAGAUUUUAACCAAUGAUCUUCUGUUCUCUAUCCAUGGAAUUAGUCUUCUACGCCACCAGGAUGGAGCUAGCAUGCCAUGUUUCUAUUUUU